GAAGGGAGCGCGUCCGCCCGGCCCCCGCCCCGCAGAAUGGACUGCUGAAUUGGGAUUUAUUGCAGACUCAACUGUACAGCGCUGCUUGUUGCUUCAUCUAUUACUAGUUAUUUAAAUUGGACUUUUAAUAUCCUGCCAGCUGCUGUCCACACACACAUGGUGCAUUGUUGCCAUUCUCAGAAUUGCAUCUUUGAAACCCAGGCCCUCAGUAACCUUCAUCGAAGAAAGAGGCGACCUCCUGCGUACACUUGUAGAGGGAGUUUUUGGCCCUGCUGCCCUCUGGCUUUCUGGCUGUUGCUGUAUUUCUGAGACACUAUGGAGCCCAGUAUGGAGUACUGCUUAGCACAGGUGCUGCAGAAGGAUGUUGGAAAAAGACUUCAGGUUGGCCAGGAAUUGAUAGAUUAUUUCUCAGAUAAGCAGAAGUCAGCUGAUCUUGAACAUGAUCAGACUAUGCUGGAUAAAAUGGUUGAUGGACUGGCCACUUCCUGGGUAAAUUCCAGCAAUUAUAAGGUGGUUCUCCUAGGGAUUGACAUCAUCUCUGCGCUUGUGUCCCGCUUGCAAGAUCGCUUCAAGGCCCAGAUUGGCACAGUGCUGCCAAGUUUACUUGAUAGGCUGGGAGAUUCUAAGGACUCAGUGAGGGAGCAGGAUCAGACCUUGCUGCUGAAAAUCAUGGAACAAGCUGCUAACCCUCAGUACGUGUGGGACAGGAUGCUAGGAGGAUUCAAACACAAGAAUUUUCGGACAAGAGAAGGGAUUUGUCUCUGCCUUAUUGCAACACUCAAUGCAUCUGGAGCUCAGAGUUUAACACUGAGUAAGAUAGUGCCACAUAUAUGUAACUUACUUGGAGAUCCAAACAGUCAGGUUCGAGAUGCAGCAAUAAACAGCCUUGUGGAAAUUUACAGACAUGUUGGUGAACGUGUAAGGGCUGAUCUCAGUAAAAAAGGAUUACCCCAAUCUCGGUUGAAUGUAAUUUUUACGAAAUUCGAUGAGGUCCAAAAAUCUGGAAACAUGGUCCAGACUUCAGUUGAUAAAAUUUUUGAUGAUGAAGACUCUGUGGAUGGGAACAGACCUUCCUCAGCCAGCUCCUCUACAUCUUCAAAAGCCCCUGCAAACUCACGCAGAGUUGGGAUGGGCACUACCCGCAGACUUGGCUCUGCAGCUCUGGGCUCCAAGUCUUCAACAGCCAAAGAGGGAGCAGGUGCUGUGGAUGAAGAAGACUUCAUUAAGGCAUUUGAAGAUGUCCCAACAGUUCAGAUUUAUUCCAGCCGGGAUCUUGAGGAAUCCAUAAACAAGAUCAGAGAGAUACUAUCAGAUGAUAAACAUGACUGGGAACAGAGAGUUUCUGCGUUGAAAAAGAUCCGCUCCUUACUUUUGGCUGGAGCUGCAGAAUAUGAUAACUUCUUCCAACACCUAAGACUUUUGGAUGGAGCAUUUAAAUUAUCUGCUAAAGACCUGCGGUCUCAAGUCGUACGAGAGGCUUGUAUCACAUUGGGACAUUUGUCAUCAGUUCUGGGAAACAAGUUUGACCAUGGGGCAGAAGCCAUCAUGCCAACAAUUUUUAAUUUAAUUCCAAAUAGUGCCAAAGUCAUGGCCACUUCUGGUGUUGUAGCAGUUAGAUUAAUCAUUCGACACACGCACAUCCCUCGGUUAAUACCCAUCAUAACCAGUAAUUGUACUUCCAAGUCUGUUGCUGUUAGAAGGCGCUGCUUUGAAUUUUUAGACUUGCUGUUGCAGGAGUGGCAAACACACUCCUUAGAGAGACACAUAUCAGUGUUAGCUGAAACAAUAAAGAAGGGAAUUCAUGAUGCAGACUCUGAAGCCAGGAUAGAGGCAAGAAAGUGCUACUGGGGUUUCCACAGUCACUUCAGCCGAGAGGCAGAGCAUUUGUACCACACCUUGGAGUCGUCCUAUCAGAAGGCCCUGCAGUCACAUUUGAAGAACUCUGACAGCAUCGUGUCCUUGCCACAGUCGGAUCGCUCCUCCUCCAGCUCCCAGGAGAGUCUCAACCGUCCACUCUCUGCCAAAAGAAGUCCUACUGGAAGUACAACAUCAAGAGCAUCUACAGUAAGUACAAAAUCUGUGUCAACACCAGGAUCUCUGCAGCGAUCCCGCAGUGACGUCGAUGUGAAUGCAGCAGCUAGUGCCAAGUCAAAAGUGACGUCUUCUGGAGCAGCCACCCCCUUCAGUUCUGCUGCAGCCUUACCCCCAGGGUCAUACGCAUCACUAGGUCGGAUUCGCACCAGGAGGCAGAGCUCUGGCAGUGCCACAAGUGUCACCUCGACGCCUGCUGAUACUCGAGGCCGCAGCCGGGCUAAAGUAGUUUCGCAGUCCCAGCCUGGUAGCCGGUCUAGCUCUCCGGGUAAGCUCUUAGGAAGCUCCUAUGGUGGCCUGAGCAGUGGAGCAUCCAGAGUCCAGCCAGUGCCAUCAUCCUCAGAGAAGCGCAGCAAGAUUCCUCGGAGCCAGGGCUGCAGUCGGGAGACGAGUCCCAACAGAAUAGGCCUAGCACGGAGCAGUCGCAUCCCCCGACCCAGCAUGAGUCAGGGGUGCAGUCGUGAUACCAGCCGUGAGAGCAGUCGAGAUACAAGCCCUGCUCGGGGCUUCCCUCCACUUGACCGGUUUGGACUCGGACAGCCAGGCAGGAUGCCUGCUUCUGUGAAUGCCAUGCGAGUCCUGAGCACCAGCACAGAUCUGGAGGCUGCUGUGGCCGAUGCACUGAAAAAGCCAGUGAGAAGAAGAUACGAGCCCUAUGGGAUGUACUCUGACGACGAUGCCAACAGCGACGCGUCCAGCGCGUGCUCGGAGCGCUCCUACGGCUCCAGGAAUGGCGGCAUCCCACACUACCUGCGGCAGACUGAGGAUGUGGCUGAGGUCCUGAACCACUGUGCCAGCUCCAACUGGUCUGAAAGGAAAGAAGGACUCAUAGGUCUUCAGAAUUUACUGAAAAGCCAGCGGACACUGAGCCGAGUCGAGUUAAAAAGGCUGUGUGAAAUAUUUACUCGCAUGUUUGCUGACCCUCACAGCAAGAGAGUUUUCAGCAUGUUUUUGGAAACCCUGGUUGAUUUCAUCAUCAUUCAUAAAGAUGAUUUGCAGGAUUGGCUUUUUGUUCUCCUGACCCAGUUGCUAAAGAAAAUGGGAGCAGAUUUGUUGGGGUCUGUGCAGGCAAAAGUUCAAAAAGCUCUGGAUGUCACCAGGGAUUCUUUUCCAUUUGAUCAGCAAUUUAACAUUUUGAUGAGGUUUAUUGUAGAUCAGACCCAGACACCAAACCUGAAGGUGAAAGUUGCUAUCCUGAAGUAUAUUGAGUCCUUGGCAAGACAGAUGGAUCCAACAGACUUUGUGAACUCCAGUGAGACAAGACUUGCUGUAUCUAGAAUUAUAACUUGGACUACAGAACCAAAGAGCUCAGAUGUGAGAAAGGCAGCACAAAUAGUCCUGAUUUCUCUCUUUGAACUGAACACUCCUGAGUUUACCAUGUUACUUGGUGCCUUGCCAAAAACAUUCCAGGAUGGUGCUACCAAGCUCCUGCACAACCACCUCAAGAACUCCAGUAACACCAGUGUGGGCUCCCCCAGCAAUACCCUUGGUCGGACUCCUUCCCGGCACUCCAGCAGCAGAACCAGCCCCUUAACUUCACCUACCAACUGUUCCCAUGGUGGACUGUCUCCAAGUCGGCUCUGGGGUUGGAGUGCAGAUGGGCUGUCGAAGCACCCCCCUCCCCUUUCUCAGCCUAACUCCAUCCCCACUGCUCCUUCCCACAAGACUUUCAGACGCUCUUACUCUCCCAGUAUGCUGGAUUAUGACACGGAGAACCUAAACUCUGAUGAAAUCUACAGCUCUCUUCGUGGAGUCACAGAAGCAAUUGAGAAAUUUAGUUUCCGUAGUCAAGAGGACCUGAAUGAGCCAAUCAAACGUGAUGGAAAGAAAGACUGUGACAUUGUGUCUCGAGAUGGUGGCCUUGCUCUCCCUAGUGGUGAUGUCCGUGGAAGCAGUGACAUUGUGGAAGGCGGAAGGAUGGCUCUGGAUAACAAAACCUCCCUCCUGAACACGCAGCCUCCCCGCGCCUUUUCAGGGCCCCGUGCUCGGGAGUACAACCCCUAUCCUUACACUGACACCAUCAACACUUACGACAAGACUGCCCUGAAGGAGGCAGUGUUCGAUGAUGACAUGGAUCAGCUUCGGGAUGUACCCAUUGACCAUUCGGAUUUGGUGGCUGAUCUUCUGAAAGAGCUCUCCAACCACAACGAGCGGGUGGAGGAGCGGAAAGGAGCUCUCCUGGAAUUGCUAAAGAUCACAAGGGAAGAUAAUCUUGGAGUUUGGGAGGAGCAUUUCAAAACCAUUCUGCUCUUGCUGCUGGAAACGCUUGGAGACAAAGAUCAUUCAAUAAGAGCCCUGGCACUGCGUGUGCUGAGGGAGAUCCUGCGGAACCAGCCGGCGAGGUUUAAGAACUAUGCGGAGUUGACUAUCAUGAAAACACUGGAAGCACAUAAGGAUUCCCACAAGGAGGUUGUCAGAGCUGCUGAAGAAGCUGCUUCCACCCUGGCGAGUUCCAUCCACCCCGAGCAGUGCAUCAAGGUGCUUUGCCCCAUCAUUCAGACUGCAGAUUAUCCAAUUAACUUAGCUGCCAUCAAAAUGCAAACAAAAGUCAUCGAGAGGAUUUCCAAGGAAUCGUUGCAUCAGCUCCUACCUGAUAUCAUUCCUGGGUUGUUACAGGGUUAUGAUAACACAGAGAGCAGUGUCCGAAAAGCCAGUGUAUUUUGCCUAGUGGCUAUUUAUUCAGUAAUUGGAGAAGAACUGAAACCUCAUCUCGCACAACUCACAGGAAGCAAGAUGAAGCUACUAAACUUGUAUAUCAAGAGGGCACAGACCACCAACAGCAACAGCAGCUCCUCUUCAGAUGUUUCAACGCACAGUUAAUGGAGAUCUGUGGACAAAUGUGUAGACUUAGAAGCAAUCAACGGUGCCUCUCAGAGACCUUUCUGCUACUCUUCACUGGCGCGCUCCAUCAGCUUAAGGAGGCCAUGCAGAUAUUUAUUGCAAUCAGUAUUUUAGUCCCUUAAAAGCUUUUAUGUAGAAUCUUACUGGUAUUGAAUGUAAAGGAAGCAAGGUCUGUGUCGCAGUCUUCAUUAAAAGUGAACAUCAGAAAGCCAUACUUAAACAUAUUUGUAUAGCCUGCUGAAAUCUCAGAAAUAUGUUUAGGUUAGCAUUCUAACACUGAGUCCAAGAACCUGGACACAGGUAAAAGUCAAACAAAUCUUGUUGGUUUAGUUCAUACCCAGUUUUGAUUUCUGUGUGCUAGUUACCUGCCCUCUCCCUCCAUCCAUUCUGGCUGGGUUCUCCUCUUCUUUCAAGUCUUGUGUUCCUGUUUUGUACUCCCUGUCACAGCUUGCCUAACUUCCAGGGCUCUCCAUGGGGAGGUCUUUGCAGGUGUGGCUGUGAUUCCAGCCUCAGAUGCUUUAAUAUUGAGAGAUGCCAAGUGAGUAAUGAAAACGUAGGUUCUUUUUAAACAUCUGAGUUUUGUACAUAGUUCUGACAGACUCCAGAUGGGCUGAUCUCUCUCUAACUGCUCUCCAGCCAGCUGUGCUGUCCAUAAAAGCUGGGUUCUUGCUCUUUUCAUUGACUUUGUAAAUACUUCUCCCCUCUCAACCCAUUUGGCUCUUUCAUAUGUUCAAAAGACUCUUCAGGUUACCUGUUACUCCCCAAAGGGAACCUGAGACCCAUUUCUGGGACCGACGUCUGCAAUUAGGAUGGUGGAGUUAGGUGGGUGGGAUUGGGUUAGGCUCUGAGUGCGUCAGUGGGUGGGCAGUGGGAGCUGGCAGAGCUGUACUUCAGUGCCAGCUGUUUUCCUUGAAAUCUGUAGCAUCAAAGGGCUGAUCUGCUGCUCUGACUGACCCACUGAUGCUGGAUGGCUUUGUCCCCACAACUCCUUUUAACUUUGGUCAAAAUGUUUAUCCCAGAGGACAGAAAGGGUAUCUGAAUCUGAACAGAACUACCACAUGGAAGCACCUCUGAGCCAGCUGAAACAGUGCUGGUUGCCUGCCACAGCCCCUCCUGUUCCUCAAGACCCUGUAGUGCUGUUACCUGCCUUUAGAAGCCUCCUUUGUGCUAUCUCAAUGCACAAGUCUGCUGAAUGCUCUGCAUUUUAGAAGAGUGGUGGUCCCUCACUGAGCACUGCUGACAGCAGGGUGCUCUGGGUGAGGGUGCAGCAGGGAAGGUCCUUUUGCAGCCUAAUGACACAGACCAGGUCAGAGGCAAGCCAGCAGCAAUCAAAUACCCUAUGGCACAGCCCCUCCCUGAACAGAGACCCUUCUUUUUCAAAGGGGGAGCUCCCCCUGGCUCUGCCUGUAACCACGGAAGGCAAGAGGUUGCUAAUUAAUUAACGUGCUAUGUUUGGCCCUGGGCUGGAUCCUGGCUGAUGGGCAUGCCUACCCCAAACCUGCCAUGGAUCACAGCUGAGGUUUUGCUCCCAGCACCAGUGAUGCAAGAGGAUGAUGGACUUGCAGCUUAUGGCUGCAGCUGUGGUGAUGGAUGUGUGCUCCCUGGCUGCUCCCAGUGCCCUGGAGUCUCUUCCACUUCCUCCAUCUCCACUUUAGGGAGCUGAAGGAGCACCUUGGGAACAUACUGAGAACAUGAGACUCUUACUGAACACUGACUCUUACUA